AUGGCCCAACAGUCUGGUACCAGCCUCAUGUCGACGUCAGUCGGAUUCGUUGGCCUCGGCGCCAUGGGCUUCGGCAUGGCCUGCAACCUGCAGAAGGGUGGAAAGUACAUAGUCAAGGGAUACGACGUCUGGCAGCCGAGCGUCGAGAGGUUCGUGGCCGAUGGCGGGCAUCCAGGCCAGUCGCCUCGAGAUGUUGCCCACGACAGCGCGUUCCUCGUCUGCAUGGCCGCCAAUGCGCAGCAGGUCGACAGUAUUUUGUUCGACGCGGCGACUGGCGCCCUCGAGGCCCUGCCACACAAUGCGACCAUCUUGCUGUGCUCGACAGUCCCGCCAGCGUAUUACGACACACUAGCGUCUCAAAUAGCCCAACUCGGCCGAUCAGACAUCCUCGUUGUCGACUGCCCCGUGUCUGGCGGCACAGUUCGAGCCGCCAAUGGCACACUUACCAUCUUCGCCUCUGGAUCAUCCGAGGCCCUCACUCGGGCAGAUCAGAUUCUCCAUGAAAUGUCCGAGAAGCUGUAUGGGAUCUCUGGUGGCCCGGGCGCCGCGAGUAAGGUCAAGAUGGUCAACCAGUGCCUCGUCGGCACCCACAUCGCCGCCGCCGCAGAGGCCAUGGGCCUCGCGGAGAAGGCCGGUCUCGACACCAGGGAAGUCUUCGAGAUUAUCAAGAACGCCGCUGGAAACUCGUGGGCGUUUGAGAACCGCGUCCCUCAUAUGCUCGAUGCCGAUUGGACGCCUCGGUCUGCUCUCGAUAUUUUCGUCAAGGACAUGGGUAUCGUUGUGUCGAGUGCAAGGUCAUUGCAAUUCCCUCUGCCCCUCGCCUCGGCCGCUGAGCAACUGUACAUCUGGGGCUCUGCACAGGGUUAUGGCCGCGAAGAUGACUCUGGCCUCGUUCGCGUCUUCCAGCAAAAUUCACCUGUCGCGACCAAGGACAGCGAUUCUGCUGCACCAGCAGCUGCGCUUGCGAACCCGACGCCCGUCACAACACCGCUGGAGAUCUCCAAGGUGGGUAUGAUCGGUCUUGGCGCCAUGGGCCAGGGCAUGGCUAGCUCCAUGAUUCGAGGCGGCUUUGCCGUGCAUGGUUACGAUGUAUACGAGCCUGCGAUUCAGAAGUUUGUUUCCGGUGGUGGCAAGGCAUCCGCAGCGACUUCGCCCGCCGAUGCCGCCAGGGGCGCUGAGGUGCUGGUUCUCAUGGUACAGAAUGCCACGCAGGCUACAGAUGCCUUGUUCGGCUCUGGCGACGCUGCCGCCGCCCUGCCCGACGAUGCGAUUGUCAUACUCAGCUCAACUGUGCCCCCAUCGUUUGUUCGAUCCCUCGAGAAACGCCUGGCUGGGCUGGGACGCGGCAUCACCCUCCUCGAUGCGCCCGUCAGCGGAGGUGUCGUGCGCGCCGCCAACGGCAACCUCACCAUCAUCUGCUCCGGCGAGGAGUCCACCAUCUCCAAGGCCAAUGGCGUCCUCCUCUCCAUGACCGGGCUUGCUACCAAUCUGUGCCAGGUCAAGGGUGGUGUUGGUGCCGCCUCCUCGGUCAAGCUUAUCAAUCAACUCCUCGCUGGUGUACACAUUGCUGCCGCCGCCGAAGCCAUGGCAUUCGCCGCACGACUGGGCCUUGAUACACGUCAGAUCUUCGAGUUGCUGAAAAACGCGGCUGCGUGGAGCUGGAUGUUUGAGAACAGAGUGCCGCAGAUGCUCGAGGCGGACUGGACGCCGCACUCUGCUCUCGCCAUCUUCGUCAAGGAUCUCGGCAUUGUGCUUGAUGAGACGAAACGAUUGAUGUACUUUGCGCCCAUGUCAUCGGCUGCCCACACACUCUAUCUCGCAGGAGCUGCCAAGGGUUGGUCGAAGGAGGCUGAUGCAGGCGUCGUUCGGUGGUGGGAAGGCGCCGGUGUGUCUGUCUCAGGCAGUGCUGGGAGGCCCGAACCACACACCACCAACGAGGCCGUACAGGCAGCGGCCCAGCCCUUGCCCGCCAAGGAGACGAUCGAGGCUCUGCCUGCCGAAUUUCCGCAUGAUGUCCUGGAAUCGACGAAGAAGUAUGUCGAUGGCGGCGAAGCCCCUGUCCUAGUCGUCUUGGACGAUGAUCCGACUGGCACACAGACUUGCCACGACAUUGACGUGCUGAUGGUUUGGGACGUCGAGACCCUGCAGAGCCAGUUCGAGAGGGAGUCGCGAGGCUUCUUCAUCUUGACCAACAGUCGCGCCCUCCCCGGUCCUGAGGCCCGGAACCUCAUUCUUGAAAUCUGCGAAAACGUCAAAGAGGCAGCGCAAAGGACAAACAAGCGCUUCGACGUCGUCUUGCGCGGAGACUCCACCCUACGAGGUCACCUACCCGAAGAGCCCGAGGCCGUCGAGCAGGCCAUGGGAAAGUUUGACGCCUGGGUCCUGACUCCCUUCUUCCUGCAGGGCGGACGCUACACGCUAGACGAUGUUCAUUAUGUCAAGGAGGGUGAUGUGCUUGUCCCUGCCAGCCAGACGCCGUUUGCGCAGGACGCCACCUUUGGGUACCAAAACUCGAAUUUGCGGCAGUACAUCCUCGAGAAGUGCGGCUCCCGCUUUAAUGAGUCAUCUUUCCUCUCCAUAACCAUCGACGACAUUCGCGUUGGCGGACCGCAAGGCGUCAAGGCGAAGCUUCUAUCGCGACCGGCCGGUUCGGAUGGAGUUGUCAUCGUCAAUGCUGCUGCCGAAUCCGACAUGGACGUGUUCGUUUCUGGGUUGCUCGCCGCAGAGAAAGAGGGCAGACGCUACCUGUAUCGUACCGCUGCGGCGUUUGUAUCGUCGAGGCUCGGCAUCAAGGGCAUUCCGCCCCUGCGUAUGGCUGACGUCCAGCCUCCGACGACGAGCGGGUCUGCAUCCUCCCACGCUGGCGGUCUCAUUCUCGCUGGAUCCUACGUUCCAAAGACGACAGCCCAGUUGAAAGUCUUGCGGGAGAGGCGCCAGGACAAGCUCGCCGUCGUUGAGCUCGAAGUUGCGGACCUGAUCAAGUCCGCCGAGUCGGAGCGCGCCAUCGUCGACAAGGCGGCAGCAGAGGCCAACGACCAGAUCUCCGCUGGAAAGGAUAUUCUUGUCAUGACAUCCCGGACGCUCGUCAAGACAUCGGAUGCCAUCAGCUCGCUAGAGAUCGGGUCGAAGGUGGCCUCGGCACUGGUAAGGCUCCUCGAGCAGAUUCGAGUACGGCCGCGCUAUGUCAUCGCCAAGGGCGGCAUCACCUCUUCGGACGCGGCGACCAAAGGCUUGAAGAUGCGAAGAGCGCGGAUCAUGGGCCAGGCAGCUCCCGGUGUGCCACUAUGGCGUUGUGACGAGGAAACCAGUCGACACCGGGGCGUCCCUUACGUGGUAUUCCCAGGCAACGUGGGGAGCGAGAGCACUCUGGCUGAGAUUGUCGAGUCCUGGGCAGCAUGA